UCGUUUUGGAAAUAAACAAAGAACAGAUACCGUAAGCCGUGUAGGACAACAAAUGACAAAUUCAUUAUUACUUUCCUCCGAGACAACCCACAAAACUAGUCUUCUGCUUUCUCAUAUCUGUCUUUCGAAUUCCUCAUAGCUAACCAUGGCUGAAUCAUUUCUCUUCACCAUCGCAGAGUCACUCAUAGAAAAGCUUGCUUCUCAUGUUUUUCAAGAAGCUUCUCGAGUGGUGGGUUUAUACGACGAUCUUCAAGAACUUACAAAAAAUCUUUCUUUAGUCAAGGCUGUGCUGUUAGAUGCUGAGCAAAAGCAGGAGCGCAACCAUGAGCUCCGUGAAUGGCUCACCCACCUCAAAACUGUCUUCUCUGAUGCUGAAGAUGUUUUGGAUGAAUUUGAAUGCCAAACACUACGAAACAAAGUGGUGAAAGUUCAUGGUAGCACCAAAGACAAGGUAAGUCACUUCUUCUCAACCUCCAAUCCACUUCUUUUUCGUUGUAAAAUGGGUCAACAAAUUAAAGAUAUCAGCAAAAGACUAGACAAGGUUGCAGCUGAUAGGCAUAAGUUUAGUCUUCAAAUAAUUGAUGUUGACACACGUGUUGUUCAUCCGAGAGAUAUGACACAUUCCCGUGUGAGUGAUUCAGAAGUGAUAGGAAGGAAAAAAGAUAAAGAAAAGAUCAUAGAGCUUUUGAUGCAGCAGAAUCCUAAUAACGAUGAUACACCUCUCUCUGUUAUUCCCAUUGUGGGGAUUGGAGGCUUGGGAAAGACUACGCUUGCAAAGUUUGUGUUCAAUGACAGUAGGAUCCAGGAAUGCUUUCCGUUAAAGAUGUGGGUGUGUGUUUCCGUUGACUUUGACAUUAAACAACUCAUUAUCAAAAUCAUCAACUCCGCCACUGAUUCAGCUUCUGCUGAUGCUCCUUCUAACCCACCGAAUUGGAACGUGUUGGAUCUGGAACAACUACAAAAUCAACUGAAAAAGAAAAUGUCCGGUCAAAAAUUCUUACUCGUAUUGGACGAUGUAUGGAACGAAGACCGUGUUAAAUUGAUUGAGCUGAGGGAUUUAAUCCAUGUAAGUGCAGCAGGAAGUAAAAUCCUUGUGACCACACGUAGUACUUCAAUUGCUUCCAUGAUGGGCACAGUUCCCUUUCACACUUUAGAAGGUCUUUCUGAGGAGGACUCAUUGUCUCUGUUUGUCAAGUGGGCAUUUAAGGAAGGGCAGGAGAAAAGACAUCCUCACUUAGUAAAUAUUGGCAGACAAAUUGUGAAAAAAUGCAAAGGGGUUCCUUUGGCAGUGAGAACAUUAGGGAGUUCACUAUUCUCGAAAUUUGAGGCCAGUGAUUGGGAAUAUGUGAGUGACAAUGAAAUCUGGAAUUUGCCUCAGAAGAAGAAUGACAUUUUACCUGCCCUUAAAUUGAGUUAUGAUCUCAUGCCCUCCUAUUUGAGGCAAUGUUUUGCAUUGUUUUCCCUUUACCCAAAAGAUUAUGAAUUUGGUAGUUAUGAAAUAACCUUUCUUUGGGGGGCACUUGGUCUCAUUGCACUACCAAAAACCAAAAGGACACUUGAAGAAGUGGGCAAUCAAUAUUUGCAUGAACUUCUGUCAAGAUCCUUCCUUCAGGAUUUUGUAAACUUUGGCACUGCGUAUAGUUUUAGAAUACAUGAUUUGGUGCAUGAUCUCGCCCAAUUUAUUGCGAUGGAUGAGUGUCUAUACGUGAAUUCCAACAUUCAAAAUAUUCCGGAUAAUGUUCGGCAUCUAUCUUUUGCUGAAAGCAGUUUGUUCAACAAUUUGGUGACUAAAAAAUCAGCCGCUUUGAGAACUGUACUGUUUCCAAAUGGUGCAGCAGCCGCCAACUGUGAAGCUUUACUGAAUACAUGUCUGCCAAAGUUCAAAUGUUUGCGAGUUUUGGAUUUAAGAGGUGCAAAAUUUGAGACUUUGCCCCGUAACAUUGUCAAGUUGAAACAUUUGAGAUAUUUGGACAUUGGCGAAAAUGCAAACAUUAAGAGACUCCCCGACUCUGUUUGCAAGCUCCAAAGUUUGCAAGUGUUGCUGCUUGCCAAAUGCAUAGAGCUGGAAGCUUUGCCCAAAGGAUUAAGAAAACUGAUCAGUCUCCGUUGUCUGGAGUUUAGCAUAAAGCAAACUGUUUUGCCUAUGAAUGAGAUCGCCAACUUGGGAUCACUAGAAAUGUUGAAUAUUGAGUCAUGCCAUAAUGUAGAGUCCAUCUUUGGAGGGGUGAAAUUUCCUAUUCUUAAUACAUUGUGUGUGGAAGACUGUCAGAGUCUGAAAUCUUUGUUGUUGGAUGGUCAAAAUUUUCCUCAAUUAGAAACAUUGAUGGUUGCAAACUGCGGUAAUUUGGACUUGGAAGUGUGGAAGGGCCACCAUGAAGAAGAAAGCUCCAAGCUGAAGUUAAAACUUCUUUUGUUUUUCAAUUUAUCACAGCUGGUGGCUUUGCCUAAAUGGCUUCAAAAGGCUGCCAACUCCUUACAGUGCUUGACGGUUUCAAAUUGCCACAAUUUUGAAAUACUUCCAGACUGGUUAACAACUCUGACUCAUCUGGAAACACUUCAUUUAUCAUAUUGUCCAAAUUUGGUAUCUCUCCCGGAUAACAUCCAUCACCUCACAGUGCUUGAAAGUUUGAUCAUCGUAGGUUGUCCUUAUUUGUGUAAAAACUAUGAGCCCCAUGUUGGAGAGUUUUGGCCCAAAAUAUCACACAUAAAAAAUGUUGUCAUUAAGAAACCGGAAGAGCCGGAGAAGAAUUAAAUGAAGAGCAAGAGGUAGUCUGAAACCCCUUAUUUUCUUUAUUUAUUCUUUUGUUAAGGUUUUUUCCAACAUGUCCACUAUUUUUUAUGCUUUUCCAUUUUGUUAAUCGUGUUUCAUUUCAAUUUAGAAGACCUCCAUGACAUGGUUGUGUAGUGGAACAUUUGUUUUUUUUUUUUUUCUUUACGGGUUUGCUUUGUCUAUCAUUAAGAGAGAUGGCAAAUAAACCCGUUUCCGUAUGUAUUGCCCGAAUCCGUCUCCGUUUUGACGGAAAAUCUCCGCAUUGACUGAGUAUGGGUAUGGGUAUGGGUAUGGGUAUGAGGAAUCUCCGACUUUUUCAAUU